AUGGCAUGGAAAAAUCUUCUAAAGCUUCGUCCGUUGGCCAUCCAGUUCUGCAAACUGUCUCUUGGAAAUGGGAAGUCAGCCAGCUUCUGGUUCGACGCUUGGUCUCCGUUGGGUCAGUUGAUCAAUUAUCUCGGAGAGUCUGGUCCCAGACGCCUCCGCAUUAGGAAGGACGCGGUGGUGGCAGACGCAAUUCAAGGAUCAGUAUGGUCACUCCCUCACCCGCGUUCUCAACAGGAAGUUGAUCUACACUCCUAUCCUACUACUGUUUCAUUGCCUUUGCCAAAUAAUAUAGAUGAUGUGUAUGAAUGGUCUGCUGGUGACUCUUCUCUGCGAUGUUUCAGGUCAUCAAGUACAUGGGAGAUUCUCAGGCCUAGACAAGAAGAAGUUGACUGGUGCGAUGUGGUCUGGUUCAAGGGUGCGGUCCCGAAGCACUCCUUCACGAUGUGGGUUACAAACUAUGACAGAUGGCCAACAAGAGAUAGACUAGCUUCGUGGGGCCUCCCGGUCACUACAGACUGUCCUUUCUGCUCAAGAUGCCUAGAAACCGGGGACCAUUUAUUUUUGAGGUGUGAGUACAGUAGACAAGUCUGGAGAGAGAUCUUCGUUAGGUGCCACCCUCCCUUAUCUCCUCUCUCGGACUGGCCUGAACUGCUUUCAUGGAUUCGAGCUGCAGCGUCUACAAAGCUUAAGUUGCUGAGGAAACUAGCCACUCAAACCAUCAUUUUUCACUUGUGGAAGCAAAGAAACAACCUUACCCACAACCAGAUUUCUCUCUCUGCUGUUGCUGUGUUCCAUGGCAUUGAUAGAGAGAUGAGAACCAUUAUUUCAGCCAGGAAACAAAGAAAGCAUUUGUGUUCUCUUAUGGUUAUGUGGUUGAGAUAG